AAUAAAUUUAGAUAAAUAUUAGCAAUCAAUAAAAUAAAUUAUUUUAAGAAUAAUAGAAAAUGAAAGUUUUAAUAAACAAAUUAUAUAAAGUAUGCAUGAUUAUUUCAAUUAAUGCUCUGCAGUGCAAAUGAAAUGGAUGUUUCUGGAUUAGUUUCAAGAAUUCCUGUAUCUUUUGUCUUUUGGCUAUGCUUAUGUCAUUUAUGGAUUAUUCUGUCUUCACUUGUCUACAUGAAAACUGAAGGCUGUGAAGUGAAGCAAGUUAAUCUAGUUGAUUUAUAUUUGUUAAAAUUUUUUUCUUCGAACAACCAAAAAUUGUUAGAUAUAACUUCACCAGGUUAUAAAGAGUUUAAAGAUGGUUAUGAACAAGCAAAGAAACAACAAAACUAUUGGCAAGUCCGCGGAAAAUUCAAUGACUUCUCAAAAGUUUAUAUCUUUGUCUUAUCAUCUGUAACAACCAUAGGCAUGGAGAGUAUGUUUCUUCAAACCUGGCAAUCUCAAUGCUUUUACCUUUUUUCUACUCCAGUUGGCUUCAUCCUUUAUUCCAUAAUGAUAUAUAAAUUUGGGAAUAAGUUUUAUAAUGUUCUUUACACUGCUGCUUCACAUAUAUAUUCCAAGGGCUCUCCAAUUUGGACAACGGAAGAACAUGUGCUCUAUAGAAAACUUAAAGUGAUGAUUAUAGCAAUAUAUUUAUUUAUAUUCUAUAUGUUGCUAUUAGCGUUGCUUGCUUUAACAACAGAUUAUAACUACAUUUAUGGCAUGUAUUGGAUGCUGAAUACAAUGCUCACCAUUAAUGGGCCUUCUCUUGAUUGUGUUUAUGAAUUUUUGCAUUUAGGCAUUGUAGCAUUUAUUACAAGUGUUGUUUAUUUUUUUGGUUUAGAAUUUUUUUAUUUGGUUUGUUUGUCCGCUUUUAGUGUUUUUGGUCACGAUAAUCCUUUUGCAUUAAUGUCAAUAUGCAAUUGUGUCAAUCAUGUGGAGGAGUUAGCCAUUAUCGAAGAGGUAGAGAAAAAACAUAAUGAAGCAAUUUUAUAUUUGAAUGCAAAAAUUGCAGCUGAAGCUAUACAAAUGGAGUGGGAUAGUAGUGAACAUGCUAUAGAUUCUGAUAAUUAUUUUUUUCCAUCUAACAUUAAAAAAUAUAUUACUAGUUCAGACAGUUCCAGUAAUGAAAGUUUAAAGGAGUCAAAAAGGCAGAAAAAAAGAAGAAAGCUUACUCCAAAAAAUAAUCAAACUUUAAAAGAGAAAAAUAUUGAUGAAGAAGUUGUUUAUUUUAAUGAACCUACAUUGGAAAUUUCACCUGCCAGUUCUGUUGACUGGCUUGUAGUUGAAAGUGAUUGAAGCUUUGUUUUUUAUAUCAUGAAAAUAUAAAAGUUUAUUUUAUAAAUAUUAUUUUUUAUGAAAUGUCAUUUUUAAAGAAAAAUAUUUGUGUGAUCUUGUUUUAUUUUACUGAUACAAUUUGAUGACCAUUGCUUGUAUGACCAUUGCUUGUAUGGUCAAGCUUAGGUUGCAUUCUAAGAAAUGUAUUACGAUAAAUGCAAAAAAUAAAUAGACAAACAUCAA